UACAGGCAACUAUGUUCGUUAUACUAUGACGGCACGAUGACCAUACGGGUUAUAAUCGCGUGCUAUAGCCGUUGCUAACGCGUUUCAUGGGCGUUGCCAGUUUGUUACCGUGAGUUGAACGGGCCACACGUAUUCGUAAAUAAAAUGGACGACGAGAAACUGAUUGAAAUUGUUCGUAAAUAUGAAUUCAUAUAUAAUUUAAAACACCCAAAAUAUAUGGAUAAUAUCAAGAAGGAAAUAGCGUGGAAGGAAAUUGGGAGUCAAAUGAAACAGUCCGCUGUAUCAUGUAAGCAAAGAUGGCAAGGUCUCAGAGACGCAUACAGGAGAGCGUUAAAUAAAAGAAAAGCAAAAACCGGUCAAGCUAUGAAGAACAUAAAACUGUGGAAGUACGAAAGUGAAAUGGCUUUCGUAGCUCCUUUUUUGGAAAGGAAAAUUCAAGAUUCAAUAGAGAAUACAAGCGAAGACAAGCAAUAUACAGAUGGAGAUGAAAAACAAGAGAUUUAUAAUGAAUUCGAAUCUAUGCUAUCGCCUAGAACUGACGAUCCACCUGAUGACAGUAUAGCUACAACAUCAAAAGAAUGCGCUGAAGAUGAACCACAAUCAAAAUAUAUAAAGAGGACAAAGAUAAUAAAGCGUAAGCGAGAGCCAUCACCUUCUUCUAUAUUAAUCGAAAAAUUACUCCGAAACAAGCUAAACCCGCCUUUAACACAUGACGCGUUAGAUCGCUUUUUCUUAAACAUAUCUGAUACUGUUAAGAAGUUUCCGCCAUACUUACAAGCAGUGGCGAAAAAUAAGGUCUUUUGUUUGGUGUCAGAAAUGGAAUUGCAGCAAUUAGCAUCAGAUUCUCCAUACGCAUGUCCGUCCUUUUCAGAGAGUAAUAGUGAAGUACCGAUACUUAGUGAUGAUUGUGUUGAUCAGAAACCGGAGUUUUUACACCAUUAGUACUUUAUGUAAUAAAUGUAUGUUUAUAGAAUAAAUGUAUUUACUUGCCGGAGACAUU